CGGGAUUGCAAGAUGUCCUUUGUUUACAUUUUAGUAAAUUAUAUAUUGUGUUAAAUAUCUUGCUGUUAUCUGGGCUUAUAUUGAUUUGAUUCUUCUAAAAAAUGAAAUUAAAAGUUUUCAGUUUUUUAUUGAUUUCCUGUUUGCUGCAUUUAUCUUACGGGAGAAUUCAUAAAUUGUCAAUAAAAAAUGAUAAAAGACAAUACAUAGCUUUGAGUACAUUUGGUUUUUAUAAAGGUGGAUUUUUAGAAGUUAAAUUGCUGAAUUUCCAUACUGACAGAAAUGCUGAUAAUGAUAAGUUUGGUUUUAGUCUUGAUAAAACAUUGAAUGAUGCCAUGAAUCCUUAUAUUGGUGGCCGUUUGGAUCAUUGUUUAUUAGAUCAUCAGGGUGAUAGCUCUAUGCCAAGUAAUAAUGUUGGAGCAGUAUUUUUUGUUAUUGACAGAAAAAAUAAAUUGUUAAACAUAAAUUGUAGUUCAGAAUUGAUGAAUUUGUACAUCUUCAAAGACAGAUCUCAACUUCUUAGCUAUCGACCAAAAAGAGACUCCCUCAGUGACCAGCUGCUGUUUAGUACACGAAAUAAUAUUCAAAACUCUGUUGCUACUUCAAAUCAAAGGAGGAAAAGAAAUACUGGUAAUGAACACUGUACCCAGAAUCUACCGCUUGUAGAAACUAAGCAAGGAUAUAAUACUAAUUUCAUCAUAUAUGUGGCCACUGAAAAGGAAGAAGGUCUUUACAAUCUUUAUUUUCAUAGUUGUCCCAACUAUGUUGAAGGUCAAAGUGUUGAAGUUGAUUUCAAUAUAGAAAUAGAAGAAAGGAACAAUGAAAACUAUCUUUCAGCUGGAGAAAUGCCAUUGCCAGCUCUUUAUUUUAUGAUGUCUCUUCUCUUUUUUCUUUCCGGAUGUUUCUGGGUUUUUAUAUUAGUGAAAAGCAAUCAUACUGUUUUUAAAAUUCAUUACUUGAUGGCUGUUUUGGUGUACUUGAAGUCUUUAUCACUUCUCUUCCAUGCUAUAAAUUAUCACUUCAUUGAAACUAAAGGAGAACAUGUUGCUGCCUGGGCAAUUCUAUUUUAUAUCACUCAUUUGUUGAAAGGCUCAGUUCUGUUCAUAACAAUAGUUUUAAUUGGUACUGGCUGGACUUUUAUAAAACAUCUUUUGUCAGAAAGAGACAAAAAAAUCUUCAUGAUUGUGAUUCCACUUCAGGUGUUGGCUAAUGUUGUUAAAAUAAUAAUUGAAGAAUCAGAAGAAGGUGAUGUUGAACAUAAGACAUGGCUUGAUGUUUUCAUACUUGUUGAUCUUCUAUGUUGUGGUGCUAUUCUGUUUCCUGUUGUUUGGUCAAUAAGAUAUCUUCAAGAAGCAUCUACGAUUGACGGAAAAGCAGCGAUGAAUCUGAGAAAGUUAAAACUAUUUAGACAUUUCUACAUUAUGAUAGUCUGUUAUAUAUAUUUCACGAGAAUAAUUGUAUUUCUCCUACAGAUGACGGUAUCUUUUCAGUAUGAAUGGCUGGAUGAAAUGUUCAGAGAAAUGGUCACUUAUGUAUUUUAUGUUCUUACUGGAUAUAAGUUUAGACCUGCAUCAGCAAACCCAUAUUUCCAAAUCAGCACUGAAGAAGAUGAUGAAGAUAUGGAUAUUGUUGUGAGCCAGUGUGGUGUUACUGAGGGCCUAAGCAAACUGUCAAGAAUUAGUAAUGAUCAGGGCGAAGAAGAUAAUGAAGUUUUAUUACUUUCAAAAAGAGAAAGUAGUCAUGAAUAUGAUUAAUAACCAAAAGUAGAUUCCUGCGAUAAUGGUUCUGCUAACUGUUUUUUUUACAUACAUGAUGCUAUGGUGUCAAAUACAGUAUUAGAUCCAUUGUUAUGAUUCCACUUCAUCAUCCAAGUGGUCUCGUGAUUACCCAUUCUUGGGUUUCAGUCUGAUUGUCUGACUGACAUUGUUAAAUUUUAUAAUUCUGGACUCUUUAAACGUUUUCAUAAUUAAAAUACUUCAUUAUUUGAUAGUAUAUACAAGUUAUAAAUUAUCUUUUCUUUAAAAAGUUGAUAUAAACUGUAUGAAUGAUGUUACUGAGAAUGAACAAUAAUGCUUGGGUUUAAUUGUAUGAUAUGUAAAGUUAUAGAUUUGUUUUUGGCCCUGUUGGAAAUUUUACUAUCUUAUUUGACCAAUUAUCGAAAGUGCUUUAUAUUUUU